GUGGUGUGUUUGCGCGCGAGCUCUUCUUGAAUGAGAGAAGGUGGAGAGGUUGCCACAGAUGCUUUUAGAGAGAGAUAUUCAAAACAAUUCAGCUAGUGAUAUAUUCAUGAAAUAUACAUAUUUGUCUCAGAACUGAAGUGAUUUUGCCUUCAUUGAUUUAUAAGUGAGAGGUUUUGAGUGAAAGGGAAACCUUUGACUUUACCAAAAAUGCAUAGCGCCGUUGGAUGUUUCCGCCUCCCCAUCCCAUCAACCUGAGGACGCAUUUAUUUACCAGUAAUACAUUGUUCGACGUUAAUUGAUUUAAACAGUUUAGGACUUUCUGAUAUUGAAGGAAAAUGUUGCUCUGGGUGGUGAAGUGGACAUGUUGUCUACUAGUGCUCUUCAAAAUCAGCGCUGCCUCUGUUGACGCUGGACGCACAGACUCUCCUGGCGAGUCAGGGUCGGGGAUGCUACCAACAGAGGAGGUGAACCUUCUAGAAGAACUCUCGCUGCAGGUGUCCAACAGCAGCAAUGCCUCCAUGUCUCUGGAUGCUGAGAGGUGUCCGGUGCUGCAGGUGGGACAGUACUCCACCCUGGCCCUGCCCCUAGCUGAACUCUUCACUGACGGGUUUGCAGAUGAGUUCAGCCUAUUGGUGCAGCUGCGGAGCCCUCAGCUAGACGAACACAGUGUGCUCACCCUGCUUAGCCACGACAGCCACAUCCUGCUGCAGCUGCGCAUCAGCGCGUACACACUCACCUUCAUCGGCACGCAACAGCGCCUCUAUGAGUUCCCGGUCAGUAGUCUGUCUGACGACCAGUGGCACCAUGUGGCUGUGAGUGUGUCAUCCGCUAGACUGGCGCUGUAUGUGGAUUGUGCCCUGGUGGAGCGUGUGGACUGGGUGUACCAGGGUAUGGGAAUCACCCCUGACGGUCUACUCAUGGUGGGGGGCAUCGUAGAGGGCUUCGAGACACCAUUUGAGGGCCAACUCCGACAGCUGACGUUCCUGAUGGGCGACCCAGACGCUGCCCAACACCACUGCACUCUCCACACUGUCCAGUGUGGGGGGGCUGCCUCCAAGCCCCCCCGCUCACCACGGACCGACCACACAAUGGAGGAGCUCCUGCUGUCCUCAAAUGACCUGGAAGACCUGUUAGAGCGAUCCAAGGAUUCCUCUUUCUUGGAUGUGGAGGUGGGGGAGACUGAUGUGUUUGGGCAGACUGGGAGUCAGCGUGGGGACGGGACAUGGGGUCCCCACCAGAAAGGUAUGGUGGGACGAGGAGACGUCUUUGUGGUGGACGAAGACACAGACCUGGCUGAUCCAAAUCUCCACGGGGGACACCUUAAUCCUCAGUGGAAACCCAGCAGGCAGGGCCCUAAGGACAGCCAUGAGGGCAAGCAUGAGCCCUCCUCCAAACUCCUGGACGAGAACAUCACCACGGACAAGAAGUCGGCAGACUCUGGAGGGAAGGGCAUUGGCCUGUUUCCCGGGAAACCCUCGGAUGACAUCAUUAUUGAUUUGGAUCCUGUGUCUUCCUCGAAGAAGCCUUCCAUUGUUAAGACUCCAAUAAAGACCCCCCUGGACCCGGAGCACCCAGACUUUAACCUGUUGAGGCAGGAGGUGGAGGGGCCCCAGACCCCCUCACGGACCGCCCUCGCCCCCACCUCAGUGCCCCCUGCCACCCCUAUAGAAGCUGUCACUGAGGAGAGGAGACCCACCACACACAUCCCCACCCAACCUGACCCAAACCCUGACUGUGCUAUCACUGUGGAAGGAGGAACAGAGCGCUCAGGCACUGUGACCAUCGUAUCCAGAGAAGGGGACCUGGUUCUGGGCUCUGAUGGCCAGAUGUAUAGGGUCCAGAGAGGGCCCCCAGGCAUAAUGGGGCCCCCAGGAAAGGAGGGUUUUGCUGGCUUGCGUGGGUUCAAAGGUGACAAGGGCCAGCUGGGGUCUGAGGGGCGUGCAGGGCGACAGGGGGAUCCAGGCCCCCCUGGCCCACCUGGCCUGCCCUCUUUCUACCUGUGGAAGAGCACUGUUGAGGAGUGGGCUACUUUUCAGCAAACUUCUUUCUACCAGUUGCUCAGCGCUGGCUGGCCUAGGGAGCAGGGACCCCCAGGACCAGCUGGGGAGAUGGGGAAGCCAGGCCCACAGGGGCCAACAGGUGAUCCUGGCCAACGAGGGCCUCCAGGAGUAAUGGGAGAAAUGGGUGAGCCGGGGCCAAAUGGCGUGGCGGGCAGAGCAGGGCUCCAUGGGAAAGAUGGAGCGAAUGGGCAGGACGGUCAGCCUGGGACGCUGGGUGAUCCCGGGCGACAGGGACCCUUCGGGUACAGGGGAGACGGCGGUUCCAAGGGAGAAAAGGGGGAGGAGGGCCUUAUUGGAGCAAUGGGUCGAAGAGGCCGAAUGGGAGAACGAGGCGAGAAGGGUUCCAUUGGUUUACCAGGCCGUCGCGGUUUUGUUGGUCCACGUGGACCUCAGGGAGUCAGAGGGGCCACUGGCCCAGAGGGGCUCCCCGGCCCUGAUGGGGAGGCUGGGUUUGAUGGGCCUCCAGGGACUCCUGGGUCAAUGGGAGCCGCUGGUUUCACAGGCUCUGUCGGCGCUCAGGGAGUUAACGGCUCAAAGGGAGAGUUGGGCCUUGUUGGAGUUGUUGGCCCCAGAGGCCCACAGGGGCCCCAGGGUUUAGAUGGUGAGAGUGGGCCUCCAGGUCUCAGGGGAAUUCAGGGACAGCUUGGGAUGAGUGGUGCCGCUGGUCCGAAAGGUGACCCUGGACCAAUGGGGAUGAUGGGUAUCCGGGGUGAGCUAGGGUUCGAGGGACCCAUGGGCCCACUGGGAAUACAAGGUCCAAUGGGUUUCCCUGGUAUUACUGGAAAAAGAGGACCAGAUGGGGAUAAGGGAGACCCUGGACCAAAGGGGGAGAGAGGUGUUCAGGGUGCUUCGGGUAUCCAAGGGCCUCAGGGAGAGAGGGGUCCCAGUGGCCCCCCUGGCUUUACAGGGCUCAAAGGUCAAUCUGGCACUAAAGGCAUUGAGGGGGAGAAUGGAGAAACUGGCCCUCAGGGAAAACUGGGCAGAGAGGGGCUGAAGGGGAAUAGAGGGACAGAUGGGCGCAACGGCAAGCCUGGACACAGAGGGAACAAGGGUCGCGUGGGUCAGAGAGGGAAUGUUGGCCAGCCUGGUCAACCGGGCUUGCCAGGCCCUCCCGGGACAGAGGGACCAGAAGGAAAGCCUGGUACACAGGGUCUCUCUGGUUCGGUGGCAAUAGCUGGCAGUAAAGGCCUAAAGGGAUUCCAGGGCAUUGCUGGAGAGCCAGGUCCAGACGGCCCCUCAGGACCUCCGGGCACACCUGGACGGAUAGGACCAACAGGUAUCCCUGGGCCGCUGGGAGAGAGGGGCUUCACUGGGAAGGAAGGUGUGGAGGGCCCACAGGGCUCAGUAGGCACGUAUGGUUUCCCGGGUAACAUGGGAAUGCGUGGUAUAACUGGUCACAUGGGAGAGAGGGGAGAGACAGGUGUGAGAGGCCUUCCUGGUCGUUCUGGGAAGCCUGGACCUCCAGGUUUAUCAGGACCUCCUGGGGAGAGAGGCCCUCCAGGACCUCAGGGUCGGCUGGGGGAUCUGGGACCCACAGGGUCAGAGGGCCUACAGGGACCCCCGGGUCUGCAGGGUUCAGAUGGAGGGACAGGGAAGCCGGGGCCCAGGGGAAGCAGAGGGCCUCCGGGGACACACGGUCCUGACGGACCAGCAGGAACCUCAGGAAUUUCAGGUGCUGGUGGACUCAUAGGACCAGCAGGGGAAAGAGGAGAAAUGGGUAUGCUGGGACCUCCUGGUGAUCUUGGUCCUUCGGGACUGGAUGGGGAACAGGGUACUCCUGGCCAAUCAGGGUUAGAGGGGCCACCAGGAACGAAAGGGGAACAGGGGGACCUAGGGCCUUGUGGGAAGUUUGGUCCUCCAGGGCAGCCUGGAGAUCGAGGUCUACAGGGGCUCAAAGGGUUGCAAGGCUCUCAUGGACAAAUGGGAAAAGAGGGUGAUGUUGGACCUACUGGCGAUGCUGGUGGUCCAGGUUUCAAAGGGGAGAAGGGUGAUGUGGGACCUCUGGGGCCAACAGGGCGGAAUGGUCCAUGGGGGGCGCUGGGGGAGAAUGGGGAGAAGGGACCAAAAGGAGAAAAGGCCCACAUCGGACUUAUGGGUCAGCCAGGAUUUAUGGGAGAAAUAGGACCUGCAGGCUUGUCAGGGCUACAGGGUAUCAUGGGCCCCAGGGGGCCUCCAGGGCCAGAUGGACCUGAAGGAGAGAAGGGCCAGUCUGGGUCUGGCGGAACCAUCGGACAACCUGGCAGAACAGGGCCUCCGGGGGUGGCUGGAGUCUCAGGGGUCAGAGGUGACCCGGGAAAGCCAGGAGCACAGGGUCCAGUUGGGAAGGUUGGGCCUGAGGGAGACUUGGGCCAUAAAGGUGAGCCAGGGCCAGACGGAGAAAAAGGGGAGCCAGGGGGAUCAAGCGAGCCAGGAGAACAGGGGCUCGACGGUCUGCCGGGCAUCAGAGGGCCACCAGCACUUCCAGGUUUAGAGGGGCCACAGGGUGAGGUGGGAUCCCAGGGGCCAGAAGGUCCCCUUGGGGUGCUGGGUGUCAGGGGAAGCCAAGGACCUGAGGGACAACAGGGACUGAAAGGAGAGAAGGGAGAUGACGGCAGAGAUGGAUCACCUGGAAAGACAGGUCACAUCGGAAGGAGGGGCAAAAGAGGCAAGGCUGGAAUCAGGGGCACAAGAGGAGAGAGGGGACCAAAGGGGAAAAGGGGAAAUGUGGGAUUGAUUGGUCCUCCAGGAUGGGCAGGGUCUAUAGGAAUCCCAGGCUCGCGAGGAGACGGAGGGCAUCAGGGUGACAAAGGGAGCAAGGGAGAGAAAGGGGACAUAGGGCCGCUCGGUCCGCCUGGGGGUGAUGGCCUAAAGGGUAGUCAGGGUCCUGUUGGGGUGCCAGGACAGACAGGCCCAAAGGGAGAUCAGGGGAAUAUCGGACCUUCUGGGCCAAGAGGAACACCUGGGAUGCCAGGACUACCUGGUUUGUUUGGAGAAAAGGGUUUGAAAGGAUUUGAGGGAUAUCCUGGGCAACCUGGUAAGAGGGGCCUGCCGGGGGCACCUGGACUCCCAGGACUUCCAGGUCCUUCAGUGAAUCUGACCCUCACUCAACUCAAGGACCUGAUGUAUCUGUCAGACAAGCCCAACUACCCCCUGCUCCAGACCCUGCUGGACUCUCUACACCAGGACCUGAGGCUGCUGAUGGACCCCCCUGACGGCAGCAAGGAGCACCCUGCCACCACCUGCCUGGAGCUGUGGCUCUGCCACCCCGAUUACACCAGUGGGAUGUAUUACAUUGAUCCUAACCAGGGCAGCCCUGCUGAUGCUCUCCUGGCCUACUGCAAAUUCUCUGGUACAGCCGCACACACCUGCCUUCACCCCAGAGACGCCCAGAUGCCCACGAAGGCCUGGCUUAUGGAUUCAGAGACAGACAGCUCGUUCCAAUGGCUCAGCAAACAGGAACAAGGAUUUCAGUUCUAUUAUCCAGGGGCCAAUGUGGUCCAGAUGCGUUUCCUGAGGUUGCAGAGUUGGAGAGCCUUGCAGAAGAUCACCUACACCUGCCACCCGGGACACAGACUGGGCCACACAGACAGAGAGGUCAAGUUCCUGACAGACACAAGGAGACAGAGUUACUUAGGAGCUAUUAACGACUGCAUUCCGGGAGAUGAGGUGGACUCGCUGGAGCCGCGGGAGUUUGUGUUUGAAUUUGAGGACCUCAACCUGCUUCCUGUGAGAGAUGUGGCUGUGUUCGGGGGCAGAAAUGUCACGCACGAGUUUGGCUUCAACAUCGGGCCCGUGUGUUUCAGCUAGAGAGGGAGACAUGGGGCCCAUAGGCUCAUUUCCCACCCCCUUGGACUCACCGAGGGAGGAUAAGAGACUGUGUUCAGGACCCCAAGACAGCUGGAGAACAAGAAGACAAAGGGAAUCAAUCGCUCUGGCAUUUUGUGAGGGCAUCACUCCUCUUUCCAUUUGAUAUUUUUGGUGGAGAUCAAUCAAUUCUCUAAUUGACUGGCUCCACAUAAAUUACUCUUUGAGCGUGCAUCAAUUUCCAAAGUUCUUUCGGACAAUUGUGUUUUCGUUUACAGAGACGUUUAUCAUGUAAUGAAUAAUUUAUAUAAUGUUGUUUUGAUUUCUAUAUAAAAUUGUUAUUUUUUGUAUCUUUUUCCAUUUGUUUUCACAGCAACAGUUUAUUAUGCUGUAAAGCUUUCCAUAAUAGCCAACGACCUAUUUUGUAUAUGAACAGUCCUAUGCCCUAAUGGUCUGUUUUGUGUCCGAUGCAGUGGAUUCAACCUCUCACCAAUGUGUUCCAUUUGGACACAGCUAACGUUGUCCUAUAGAUCAUCACUGACCUUCCCAAAGGUGCUCACUGACAAACCACUGCUUGUACUUCAGGCGCCAAGGAACUCGCUUUUGAGUUGUUUAACUUGUUUCUUUAGAUUAGAUAAUGACCAACCUGCUCUAAAACCCUGAUCUCUUGCAAUUAACUGAUUCCCUCCCUGUUGGCAGUGACGGAGGCAAAAAAGAAUAAUGAUUUCAGCCAUCCUUGACAUUUGUACAGUUACUGGCCUAUUUUUUAUUUGUAAAAAACCAUGUACCGCAUAUUAUCAGUGCUCGUUUCAGCUCAUUCUUGUGGUACAGUCUCAGGUGCAGUCUUGAUAUUCAACAUGGCACUGAAGCUGCUGUGCACACUACGUGAUAUAUACUACGUGCAUUCAAAACAUAACUCAAUUGAAGGGCUAUAGAUCUAUUUCAGGUGUUCUAAUAAAGAGGCAUUAUGUUGGACUGCUGGCUCUCCCGCCCAAGCACUUUAGCACUGGGCAAUUGCUUUCCAAAUCAUAAUUUCAUUCAAUCAAUUAGCCUAAGUGAAGAAGCAGCAUACCCUGUCCCUGCAGCUGCUCAGCAAUGCCAGGAUUGCUCAAGAGGUGGGUGUUCAUUAUUGGCCUGUGUUCACAAAGUGUUUCAGAGUAGGAGUGCUGAUCUCAGAUCAGUUUAGCCUUUUAAUCAUAAUUAUAUGGACCGGGGGACCUGAUCCUGGAUCAGCACUCCUACUCUGAGACUGUGAAUAUGGGCCAUUGAGAGCAGUGCAUUUAAUUUCUUUCCAUCAUAUUUUUGAUCAUAAAGCAAUUCAGCAUUGUAGUUGUCUGUCUCUACAUAUGUAGGAUCUUAAUUUGAACACUCUUUUGUUGCUGAGAAUUUGCAAACCUAUAGUCUAUUAAUGUCCAUUAAUUAUAAUCCACAUAACAAUUCACAUUACAUGUUGCUGCAGGAUUAUUUUCCUCCUGUAGCGAACUG